UGUAAAUAGUGGCCGUGCGCGAACGUUGUCGCCGUAUCGACUCCUGCGCAUAUUCAGGCUUGCGGCGGCGACCAUGCUGCUGUUGUUGCUGCUGCAUCUCGUCAUCAUCCAUCUGCUUACGGCUAGAGAUGGUACUGUUACAGAUGCUCCUCCGAGGACAGGGAAGGAAGUGGCACACGUUGUCCGGAACGUAGAAAAAUGCCCAGCUGUGGGCUACUUCUUCAGAAGGGACACGGCCCCGAAUGCCAUCGAACCGGGGCCCUGCUACCUCUGCUUCUGUCAGGAGGAGAACAACGCUGUCUGCUGGAAGCGAGACAAUAGACGGUGCAACGUGGAGAGCUUUCAUUAUCAUGGUGUUGGGAAGAGGGAUACAAGAAUCCGUCGUAGUCCAGGUUUUGCGGACUUAUUCUUUCGGGAUGCCACAAGAGAUCUGUUCAACAAAAAUGAAAAAACGGAAUGUAAGCCAUUUGAAUCCAGCUUUAGUGACGACUGUCCACCAGCUGACUGGUGUAUUGGGUGCACUGUAUGCGACUGUGACGCCAAUGGCCGCUGGGAUUGUCACGUCCUAAGCUUUUGUCCAGACAAGAAAACCAAAAAGAAAUCGAAACGCAAAGGUGCAAUUAGAAAAGUAGUGAGUAAAAAAUCAGUUAAAUCAACAAAGGCACCUGAUAGAACAACGAAGAAACCAUCCAUGGCAUCCAGCGCUGGUAAGCGUAUAAGCAAACAAACGAAAGCAGUGAAUAAAUCAAGGCCUAAAAAUCCAGUCAGAAGUACUAACAAUAAGAACCAACCACAAAAGCGUCUCGUCAAAAAAUCUGUUCCUAUACUGCGGGCCAAUAUCACCCCCAAACCGCAAAAAAUAAGAUCUCCAUUAAGAUACAGGAGGAAAUCCGCGACCAAAGCAAACUCAUCAAAAGAGAUGAUCAUAAAAAGGAACGUAGCAACACACAAACCUAUCGACAUCAAAGCGAGCAAAGUGAACUUAGAAAUGGAAAUAGCUCAGAAGGUCAUGAAAAAAGUAAUGGCCAACUUGAGAAAAACAAUGGACACUGAGAUGUUAAAUAUUACCAAAAUGGCUAACAAGGUAGCUCAGAACAAUUUCCAAGCUAAAAAUGUAAAGAAAACAAGUCCUACGGCUAAACAAUCGAAGAAGGUGAAUAAGAGGCAGAUAAAGAAACCGCAGAAGAAGCCGGUGCGGUCUCGGUACCAACUGAAGCCGUCUAAAGACAAAAACAAGAAUAAGAACAAACAGAACAAGAAAUCUCCACAGCAAGCUCCCAAGAAGCCGUAUAAAAAACCGGCAAGCAAACCGACGAGAAGGCCAACCCCCAACAACUAUGUGAGAAAUAAGAGAGACCUUAUGGAAGGAAAUUUGCAAGCACUCUCGGUCAUUGGUACAGGUAAUGUUACAGCUCCCCUAACUACCUCAACCGCCGCAUACUCCAUAGUUCCUGUGACUGGUAACAUACUCCCUCCUGCCGAUACCAAUUGUUCGACUAAGCUUGAUGAAACUACGCCAAUUCCCGAAAACAAUAAAUAUUACAGUUAUGUUGUUCAUGAUCCAAAGCUUGAAACAAAUACAUCAACGACAAAAACAGAAGUCAGUACACAAGUUAAUGUAACAGAAACUGUUUUAAAUUUAAUCGGAAAAGGUUUGGAUCAAAAUAGAAACAUUAAAAACAAAUCUGAAUCUAGCAACUACGAUGAUAAGAAAUCAACUGCUUUGUCUGAAAUAAGUCCAGAGGCAAACGAAAUAAAAUAUUCUAAGUGGUCCCAUUUAAAAAUAUUGAAAGAGAAAAAAUUGAAUUAUGUGUCUGAGAAACAUAGAGGUCUUGUGAAACUAAUCUCUCCGGCCAACAAAAGUGUUCUAGAAGACUACAAGAAUAAGGUCCAUGGAAGAGAUAUAGAAAGAAAGUUUAACUCAAGAAAGUUUAACCUAGUGAAGCUACUUAACCAUUCAAAAUAUAAACCGAGUUCUGUAUUGAUACUUGAACACAACACAAAUGUAACAACGCCUAACAAAACUGCUGGUGAUCUACAAAGCAUUCUUAGUAAGCUAUUAGGUGAAUUCUACAGAAAUUCUACAAUUAGUCAUAAUAAUGCAAAAAAAGCCAGAAAGUUUAGCGUUAUAAAAUAUUUGAAGAAAAUAUUUAAUAAAUUGUUUAGGCGUAAGAAAGCAAGUGAACGGUUCAGCAAACAUCAAAUAAUAGAAACGUUAUGUGACAACUUCGGUCCUUGCAGAGUAAGUGUCAAAGAUAAAGCACAGCUGAAAGCUAAACUUGACGAGUUGGAUAGUGAAACGUCAAAGAUUCUGAAAACAGUUAAAAUAAUAAAAGGUUUACUGAAAUUAGUAGAUUUACCAAAAAGUAUGGAUUCUAGUGUGUCGACACAAGAAUCAAUGCGUAACGAUAUUCAAAAAUUAAAUAGUAUUCUGAAAGGUAACUAUCUUAAAGGCGACAGCGACCCCAUGACUUCGACCCAGUUGACACAAAUAGAAUACAUAAAGAAGAACACACAGGAUUUUGUGCAAUCUGUGAAUAAAUUUGCGGCUUUGCUUAAUGACAUUAUAACGAUACUGACAAAACAUGACGUAAAUAAGACGGCGCCGUCUAAUCGAGCACUGAGAUAUAACCACAGUGAUAACAAAAUAUCACAAGACGAAAACCCAUUUCAAAGUCUAAAGCAUUUGUUCAUAAGAUACAAUUUAGUUCAAAACAGUUUUAUGAAAAAGAUGUAUGAGCAACUGAACAAUUUUGAGAGUAAAGUUAAUGAGAACCCCAAGGUGAGUGAUGUUAAGGAUUUAAAUAAUACUGUAGAAAUAGAGAACUUCUCAAGGAAUAUAAUUCAAAAUCUCAGGAAGCUGAAGCGCUUGGCUCAAACGUUGAGCUUUAGCGGGAGGAGUAAGAGGGACACGAUGAGAGAUGAUGAUGCUAUUGAGUAUCUGUUAAUGUUGAUGGAGUAUCUGUUGAAACAAAAUAACCCGUUGGACGCUGCUCCAGUUAACGACGGAAUAGAUCUUUUAAUAGAUGCUAUCAAAAAUGCACCAGAUAUCAAACCAAUCAAAAAGAAAGUACUAGAAUAUACACCUGCACCUUAUGUUGAUGUCACUACUAAUUCCUUUGUGCCAGUAACGGAGACAGAUAAUCCACUAAGUGAUGAUGGUAGUCAUUCAGAUAACGCAGAAAUUGAAAAGAAUUCUGGCGAGGACAGCGGAAGACGCAAGCUUGAGGAUACUGAAGACAACCUUAGAACUAAAAUACAAGAAAACAAGGUAUUGGCCGAAAUGGUAGCUGAAGAAGAUAAAGAUCCAGAUGAUAAGUAUCAGUAUAAUAGGAAAACAGUACUAGAAAAGGGAGAAGAGUACACCGAAAGGCCUUACUACAACAGAGCUGGUUAUGAAAAUGUGGCUCUGGAAGCAGACAAUGCGGUCGAAACCACAACACAGCCCAUUGAUUUCGAAAUGAGUGAAAAGAUUUACAAAGAUGAUGGUUUGGAUAACCUUAACCUUGAUAGACAAAUAAACUUAGAAACCAACAAUUUAGAAAAACAAGUUAUAGACCAAAGAGUAGAUGAGAAAAAAUUCGAAGUAUAUGCGGGAGAUAUAGAUGAAGAAUCAAUAUUAUCUGGUGGAGUCCUGACGUCAGUAUCGGUCCGACCAUCAACAGCAACAACAGAGUACGCAACACAAGCCAAAAGAUCCCGAACAAAAAUGAGACAUUUAAACCUGGAAUCAAUCGAUAGCGAAAGUAUUGACAAAAAAUCCAAAUUAGAAUGGAUCGAAGAGAAUUUCGGUAGAGAAAGAGAAAAAGAGAUGGAAACAGGGGACCCAGACGAUUUUAAUAUAACAACGCCUCGUAGCGUUACGUACAGAACUUUAUCGACAGCUACUUCUGAAAAGGCUGAUCUAAGUGUGCUUACUAAAGAAAUUGUCGACGACGAUAAGAGGAGGAAAGCGAAUCUAAAUGCCGAAGACAUAAUAUUCAAGAAACAAAUGGAUCUUUUAAAUUCUCUGGACUAUGGAACGGAAAAAGCGGAGUUUGACGAAUCCGAAUCGAAGGAUGGCAAUGUGGAUGAGAGAUACCCAAGUGACACAUUCCCGACGUAUUUCCGUUAAUUUUGUUCUGACUGUUGUUUGACUGCAGAAUAUGUGUUUUGUUGUUAUUUAUUUCGUUGAAAACAAGUUUCGAAUUCGUUCUGCUGUUUUAGUCUGAUUUUGACUAAUGAAGCUCUUAAUUGGUUAUUGAAAACGAACUCUAAGGAUAGGUUCACUUUUGAAAAUAUCAGCUGGAAGAAGGCAGAUACAAUUUUGUCAUUAAUUUUAUCUCCUCCUUACGAAUUCCAUGUUAAAUUUAAAGCCAUGAUUUACUUACCUUUUUUUAAAUCUAAAUGAAAGUUACAAAAUGUUUAAAAUCAUUUGAAACCAUCGCCUACUUGUAAACAAACUGUAGUAAACAGAACAACUGAAUUUAUACCAACUUUUUCUAGCUUUUGGUGUCAAGAAAGUUUUAAUUACACUUUUCCGGGUAAUUUAAACAAUAUAGCUUUUUAAUCACGACUCUUAACGAUAUUAAAUAGAUAUCCAAUAUCUAUAAACGUCUCGAUAACUUAAAAUAUCCUGGAUAAUUAAAUGUGUAAUUUGCAUACCUUCCUAUAAUUAAUUAAAACAAGUACUGGGGGCCUACCACGAUGUCCUAAUGAAGUUUGAUUGUGAUAGUAGGAGCGAGAUAGCAUAUUAGACAGCAUAGAAGAGUGUCUCUUUCACACACCUCAAUAAUAUUAAUUUAAUGGAUGGUGGUCGCCACUUAAGUUUUGGAGCGAGACAGUUACUAACACCGUUUCUGUUUUGUUGAAGAGCUUGCAAUUGACUAUCACUGAAUUAAUAAUGUUAUGUUUUUGACAUUUUAUGUUGUUAUGAUCUCAGUUGUAACUAACUGGAUAUUUGAUUUCAAGAAAUAAAAAGUUUUGAGGUCGUUGCGUAGCAAGCAAUGGGAAUUAUAGAGGCUGGCUUUAUAAUUUGUACUUUUUUUUCAAUUCAAGGAAAGAAGCCUGUUUUUUUUUUAAUGGCAUAUACUAGGACGCUGUUCGAACUUGCAGAGGCCUUGUUAAGAACUUCAAUCUAAGAUGACGUGACGGGCAUACACCCUUGAUAACCCAUAGAAGGCCCAAGGUAGCAAAACUAAUGUAAAUUGUGGAGAUUUAAUUAUUAUUUUUGAACUUAACUUUGAUUUGUAUUACCAAAGAGACCAGUUAUUCUAGAGUUCAAAGUUGAAACACGUAAAUUUUGUUGGAUAAUUUUAACUGUUUUUCACCAGUUAUAUUCUGCAGUUAAGCAACAGUAGUUUAAGUAAGUAAUAAUAACUUAUAUUAACGCCAUAUAAAUAGCAAUUUGUUUUAAUUGUACAUACACUCGAUUACUCGACUUUACUUAGUUAAUUAAAUUAUUAACAUUGUU